GAGCUUGACGAUGAGUGACCAGCGAUAUUACUACUCGUGCGAGAGAGUGCGCAUGUUCGAGAAGCUCCUCACUCCGAGUGACGUCGGGAAGCUCAACAGACUGGUGAUCCCGAAGCAACACGCCGAGAAGUACUUCCCCCUCGACGUCGAGGCGGCGGAGGGCGGCCGCGGCCGCGUGAUCAGCUUAGUCGACGAAUCGGGCGACAAGCUGUGGCAGUUCCGGUACUCGCAUUGGGCGAGUAGCCAGAGCUACGUGCUCACCAGAGGGUGGAGCCGGUUCGUGAAGGAGAAGAAACUUGACGCGGGCGACGUCGUCCAAUUCGAGCGCAGAGGAGGUCGCCUCUACAUCGGUUGCCGUCGGCGCACCGUCGGCGACGGGAGCCUGCUGGCUGCGGUGCACGACACGUACCAUGCCGGAGAUGGAGAUCCGACGAACGGAGAAGUGGAAAUCGAGGAGACGAUGUCGGAACGAGAAAACUCCCAUCGAUUUAGGCUCUUCGGGGUCAAUCUUCUGGAAAACUGGCCGGAGGCAGAGUAGCAGAGAAUUAAUUGAUAAAACAGAGAGGCAAAUAUAUAUAACUUACGAUAAUUGGAGAAGACGGAGGGAAAAAUAUCCCCCAAAUUUAAUUUCCGAACAAUAAUAUAAUCUCGAGCCAUGCAGUGUUCUUUAUCAAUUCUAUUCUGGAGAAAAACAGUAUCAAGAAAACACAAUCCAUGUGCAAAUGUGGUACUACGUGUGCACAUGUUUUGUAUUUUUAUAUGCAAUCCCUUUCUGAACCAUCCACAAUCAUUUUUUUUUUAAGAUGAUCGAUGUGCACUCCCUUUGUAUUUCAUAUGCAAUUAUUUUUU